AUGAAGCGUUUACCUCCUGGCGCAUUUUUGAAUGUCAAUAAAAAAGAUCAGCAAGACUUCUGGUCCGAUGUCCGGAACACUCGUUUAUGGCUUCCGAGGGUCUGGGAAAAGAACGUGGUUUCCAAAUACGCACGGGAUAUUGCUGCACAAUGCUCCAGCGCCUGCAUUAGUGGCGAAUAA